GGCGGCGUGAAUGCCCAUUGGCAGCGUCAAGUUUCAACCCUUUAAUGUAUGUGGGUUUUUCUUCCCACAUCAAUGGCUCCCUUUUUCUCCUACAGACCGACCCCAACAGGGACACAAGCUUCCUGCCAGUCCUUUCCAUACAACGCUAUGGGUACCACGGAAGCCACCCUGCGGAUGGAGAAUGUGGACGUGAAGGAGGAAUGGCAGGAUGAAGACUUCCCCAGGCCUCUCCCAGAAGAAGCUGGAAUGGAUGCUUUAGGAAGCCGAAAUGACGCCAUGGCUCCUCCAAACACGUUAAAUUUCAGCAACGGGGCCCAUCACAAGCGGAAGACGCUGGUAGCCCCCGAAAUCAACAUCUCCUUGGAUCAGAGCGAGGGUUCGCUCCUCUCCGAUGAUUUCCUGGACACCCCGGACGAUCUGGACAUCAAUGUGGAUGACAUAGAGACGCCGGAUGAAACGGAUUCCCUUGAGUUUCUGGGCAACGGCAACGAUCUGGAGUGGGAAGACGACACCCCUGUGGCCACCGCCAAAAACAUGCCCGGAGACAGUGCUGACUUAUUCGGAGAUGGAGCCACGGAAGACGGGAGCGCCACCAACGGCCGCCUGUGGAGGACAGUCAUCAUCGGGGAACAGGAGCACCGGAUCGACCUCCAGAUGAUCAAGCCGUACAUGAAAGUGGUGACGCACGGAGGUUAUUACGGGGAAGGGCUCAAUGCCAUCAUUGUGUUUGCUGCUUGCUAUCUACCUGACAGCAGCUUGCCCGACUACCACUACAUCAUGGAGAACCUCUUCCUGUAUGUAAUUAGUAGCUUGGAGCUGCUUGUGGCCGAGGACUACAUGAUUGUGUACCUGAACGGGGCCACCCCACGUCGGAGAAUGCCCGGCAUUGGCUGGCUGAAAAAAUGCUAUCAAAUGAUUGACAGAAGAUUACGGAAAAACCUGAAAGCCCUGAUUAUUGUUCACCCUUCCUGGUUCAUCCGGACCGUGCUGGCCAUCUCGCGGCCAUUCAUCAGUGUGAAAUUUAUCAGCAAGAUCCAGUAUGUCCACACCUUGGAAGAAUUAGCACAUAAUAUCCCCAUGGAGCAUGUGCAGAUCCCCGACUGUAUCCUACAAUAUGAAGAGGAGAGGAUCAGAGCAAGAAAAGAAAGGGCAGAAGAGAAACAGGCUGUGGCUGAAAGAGAAAGCAUGUCAUGAACCAUGAGACGCAUGGAUCGAACAGGGGACUCCGUCCAAUACAUUGCCACCCACUACUGUAAAUGACCUUCCUGGUGUUCAGACCUUCUGUGACCAUCUCAUCCUCAGCCCCACCAGAACGACACAGAUAUCGCCUCUCCAUCUCCAGGCGAGAUCCUGAACGCUGGCUUUGAUGUCUAUAGCCAUUUCCAGGAAAAGGCACCGAGCCCCUCAAUGAUCUCUGAGAGAGAAAGAGAGAGAGAGAGAGAUGGCUUAGUGCAAAGAGACAGACGAUACAAAGGAUAUUACAGCCUCCAGCCUGAAUAAGAAUGAAGACCUGGUUUUUGUACGCUCUUCCUUGAGUUGCUGCAGGACAGCGUAAACCACCUUUGGAAGCAUGUCUCCAUUCUUUCUUAAUUUCUGUCACUUUGUUAAUUUGUGGAGAGACGAAAAACCUGCAAAAACCAAACUCCGGAUAAGGUUUCCGGGCAUCCCUUCCAACAGAUAUGGAGUGUCUACCGACUUUUCACCUCGUCGUUCCCAUAAGGACAUCCUUGGUGAUCCAUUUAUACGUGGAGCUCAAAGCAAAAUAAAGAGUGUACAAGAUUUUGCUA